CAUCCCUCAUAGGAAAUACACGGAUCAGGUAUUCAAGCUUGCAGGCAGCAGUCAUCGUGUUGCAGGUACCAUCUCAGCGGCUAGGUUGCACUAAAAAUUAUAAUGUAAGCAAGUAAUUUAGGAACUGGAGGUGGAGCAGGUCUGGACUAUUAAAAACUGUAUUUCCAUACCCCUGAGGUGUCUCACUUCCGGACACACGGACACUGAAAUCAUAUAAAAGGAUUCAUAUUGUAGUGUUUCUCAAACCGUUUUGGUUUCGUUGGCUAGUGGUGAAUUGGGUUUGCUGGUGGUGAGCUGGGAAAUUAUUGGGCUUGAGAGAGAUCAAAAGGCAAAACCAGGACUUCAAAGGGAAAAAGUGGGAGGGAAGAUAAGAAGUGGAGACUCGCAGGCUGCAAGGACAUUACCCCUCCCUCCAAGAUGCAGCGCCAAAAUGAUUGUCAACUAAGACAACUCUGUAUUCCACCUCCCCAAGUCUUGGUGAGGAACUUUCCCGUGAAUAAAUUCGUGGAUUCCCGUGGUAUUGUCCGUAACAUCCAGUGCCUGCCUCCACGUCUGGAUUCCCGCUGCUGCACUCAGCUUCCUCAGGGCACCUUCACGUACGUGAAGCUGGGUACUCAGACUGCCAGCUGCAUGAAUCCGUGCUGUCUCGGACUCCCCACAUGUGUGUCUUCAUGCUGUGAGGAAGCGACCAAGUCCACCACCACACGUGCGACUCCAUGUUGCUGCAAAGUGACCGAGUGCACGAGCCGAUGCGAAGAAUCGUGCUGUGAGGAAGUGACCAAGUGCACCACCACCUGUGUGGAUCCAUGUGGCCAGGAGGUAACCAAGUGUACCACCACCUGUGUGGAUCCGUGUUGCCAGGACGUGACCAAGUGUACCACCACCUGUGUGGAUCCGUGUUGUAAGGAAGUGACCAAGUGCAUCACCACCUGCGUAGAUCCGUGUUGUAAAGAAGUGACCAAGUGCACUACCACCUGUGUGGAUCCGUGUUGUAAAGAAGUGACCAAGUGUACCACCACCUGUGUGGAUCCGUGUUGCCAGGACGUGACUAAGUGUACCACCACCUGUGUGGAUCCGUGUUGUAAAGAAGUGACCAAGUGCACUACCACCUGUGUGGAUCCGUGUUGUAAAGAAGUGACCAAGUGCACCACCACCUGUGUGGAUCCGUGUUGCCAGGAGGUAACCAAGUGCACUACCACCUGUGUGGAUCCGUGUUGUAAGGAAGUAACAAAGUGCACCACCACAUGUGUAGAUCCUUGUUGCAAGGAGGUGACAACAUGCACCACCACCUGUGUGGAUCCGUGUUGUAAGGAAGUGACCAAGUGCAUCACCACCUGUGUGGAUCCGUGUUGUAAGGAAGUGACCAAGUGCACCACCACCUGUGUGGAUCCGUGUUGUAAAGAAGUGACCAAGUGUACCACCACCUGUGUGGAUCCGUGUUGCCAGGAGGUAACCAAGUGCACUACCACCUGUGUGGAUCCGUGUUGUAAGGAAGUGACAAAGUGCACCACCACCUGUGUGGAUCCGUGUUGUAAGGAAGUGACCAAGUGCACCACCACCUGUGUGGACCCCUGCUGCUGUGAGAAAGUGACCAAGUGCACCACCCAAUGCAUAAAUCCAUGCUGUGGACCUGUUACCAGAUGUGCCACCACAUGCGUUGAUCCGUGUUGUUGGGGUGUGACCAAAUGCACUACCAGGUGUGUAGAUCCAUGCUGUGGAGGUGUCACCAGAUGCUCCAAGUAUGUGGAUCCAUGCUGUGGCAGAAUGACCAGAUGCACCACCAGGUGUGUAAAUCCAUGCUGUGGGGGACUUAACAGAUGCCUGUCUAAGUGUAUGCAGCCAUGCUGUGGCGGGGUGACCAAAUGCUUCACCAGAUGCGUGGAUCCCUGCUGCCAGGAGGUGGCCAAGUGCACCACCACCUGUGUGGAUCCCUGCUGCCAGGACGUGACCAAGCGCACAACCACCUGUGUAGAUCCAUGUUGCCAGGAGGUGACCAAGUGCACCACCACAUGUGUAGAUCCAUGUUGCCAGGAGGUGACCAAGUGCACCACCACAUGUGUAGAUCCAUGUUGCCAGGAGGUGACCAAGUGCACCACCACCUGUGUAGAUCCAUGUUGCCAGGAGGUGACCAAGUGCACAACCACCUGUGUAGAUCCAUGUUGCCAGGAGGUGACCAAGUGCACUACCACAUGCGUAGAUCCAUGUUGCCAGGAGGUGACCAAGUGCACCACCACCUGUGUAGAUCCAUGUUGCCAGGAGGUGACCAAGUGCACAACCACCUGUGUAGAUCCGUGUUGCCAGGAGGUGACCAAGUGCACCACCACAUGCGUAGAUCCAUGUUGUAAGGAAGUGACCAAGUGCACCACCACGUGUGUGGAUCCGUGUUGUAAGGAAGUGACCACGUGCACCACCACCUGUGUGGAUCCCUGCUGUGGGGGUGUCCAGGCUGUUACAAAAUGCGUAGAAUCCUGUCCCACCACCUGCGUCACGCAAGCUGUCCCCCAGUGCACGUGUGUCUACACCUGUCCCUGUGGCCGCCACUACUCCAUCACAUGUGCAGAUAUCUGCUGUCGUAAAUCCAAGGCUUGUUGAGGGGCUGCGUGUGGUGUCUCCUGUGGUGGGACCCAUGAGGGGACUCCGCUCGACAUGCCGUUGCCCUGUGGGAUCUCCAAAAGCUAAGGAAUCAAAACGGUUUGCAAAUCCCUGAACUUGCCAACGCUUUCCUCACAUCUCUGCUUUCCUCGUGCCCUUCCUGUCCAAGGAAGAGUAAAUCCUCAGAUGGUUUUCUUUACAUUCUGGGUCAUUUCUGCUGUAUUUACUUCAAGCACUUUCCUUGUAACAUGUAACUAAUUGAGUUUGGACCCCCAGGAAUUUCAGCUGGGAGAGAUUCUGUGAUUCUUUGUACUGAUUUGCGUGGAGGAAUCUCCUCAUUCAUUCUUUCUUAUCAUUUUCUUCUUUUCUUGUAUGAAGCUAUAAUAAAAAAAACGUAUCUUGGCA